CGAAGCAGAAUUUUCACGGUGCUGUGCUUGGCUAUAUACUGCUGACGGUUAAUCAUGUUUUUACUCCGCUCGCCUGUAACUCUGCAACACAGCUGUAGAAGAGCUUGCCAUGCCCUGAAGGGAGAGAACAGCAGGCUUCACCCGGAGGAUGCACAGCCUACUGUUAAUGUGGUUUCCUUAUUAGUGCAACAUAAUUUGAAGUACGUCAUUAGCAAUGCUCAUUGUUUUGGUGGGAUUGGUUGGGCCAUGACAGAGUUCAGUUGGGAUGUCAAGUAUGCUGGCCUUCAAAUCAUGGCUUCCAAGAAAGCUGCAUUCUUUUCGGCCUUGGAAGUUGACAGGGUAAUGGGAAUGGAUCAUUCGUCUAAAUUCCAGGAUGGCAUUUGAUCUCGUGGGCUUUGCUGAAGCUGAUGAGAAUUUGAACGUGGAAUCGCCCGUCCUGUUUUAUGCUGGCUUUGAUAGAAAUGAUUGGAGAGAUGCUGAAACUGAAUAAAAUGAGACAGUGCAAGCUGUUCUUGGUGUUUGAUUAUUGUGCUAAGGAGGGAAUACAUGUGUUUAAAUUUUAGACGUGUUUUUGGUUGAAUUUUGCAUUUGUUUGGUUGAAUAAAAGGGAGUGUUUUUGCGUGAA